CGCGGCAGUGGGCGAGGAAAAAAAAGGGUCGCGAGGCAUUCCGCGAGUCACUUCGCUUUGCGUGGCGGAUGCGAGGCAAAAUUGAAGCAGCAAAAUACAAUUACUCUCUCUUGGAAAAUCAUCCGUUGCUCUCUUCUCUGUGCUAGUCUCCUCCGGCCACUGGUUUCUUCUAUUCUCUGCGAUAGUCUUCUCCGGCCAUAAUCCUUCACCUACAACCCACAGGCUACCUGCGCCAAAAUUGCAUAUCUGAAGCAUUUGGAGCUUUCAGGAUCAUGAAGGACAGAGGAAUAAAACCCAGUCACGUCUUAUUUGAAGAGGAAAGGAGAGGUGGAUAAGCUUAACGAGAUAAAGCAGAUUCAAGGGAACCGGAAUUGUAAAGCCCAUCCCGUAGGGAACGUUGAAAAGAAUAAAGCGAAACAAGAUCAGAUUCCUUCGGAUCAUCAACAUGAUGUUUGCCAAAUCAGUCAAAUUUUGUCAUCUUCCAUGGAUUGGUGGUCUAUAAAAGAACAAUUAGAGAAAUGCUGUAUACGGUUCACACCAAAAGUUGUUAUUGAAGUUCUGCAUUACUCUAGACUCCAUGCUGGCAUGACAUUACAGUUUUUCUCAUGGGUAGGGAACCACACUAGUUAUAGACACACAACACAAUCCUACAACAUGGCCAUUAAGAUUGCAGGACAGGCCAAGGACUUUAAACAGAUGAGAAGCCUAUUUUAUGAAAUGAGGAGAAAAGGGUACUUAAUAACAAGUGACACUUGGACUAUCAUGAUAAUGCAAUAUGGACGAACAGGCCUCACCCACAUUGCUCUUCGAACUUUUCGGGAAAUGAAAGAAAGAGGGCACAGCCCUAAUGAAAGUACAUUUAAGCUUUUGAUCAAAUGCCUUUGUGGAAAGAAGGGUUGGAACGUUGACGAAGCAGUCAAGUUAUUCCAUGUGAUGAUCAAAAGGGGUUGCAGACCUGAUAAAGAGCUAGCUAAAGCCUACCUAAGCUGUCUGUGUGAAGUUGGAAAGUUAUCUGAUGCCAGAAGCUGUAUUGAAUCUCUACAGAAAACCGGUUUAAUCGUUCCUGUGAGGGAUCUCAACGGGCAUGCACGUCUCAAGGCGGACUUGAUAGAAGAAGUGUGGAAUAAAAACACCGGCAAAAGUCCACAACAAUUCUCGUAAACAAGUUUUUUAGUUCUCGAAUUAUUAUUAUGAUGUGUUUCUCGGAUUUUUUAAAAUGGUUGUAAUAGACUUUUAUGUUGAUCAUUUUUAUGAUUAUGUUCUUUAUAUUUUCUAUCCCAACUUUUAUUUAUAUAACUUCAUAUCGAAUUUUUAAAAUGUGUCGUCAUAAUUUAUAUUCUAUUUUUAAUUUUCCAUAUUCAAAUUAAAUACUUUACCUAUAC